AUGGUAAGGCCGAGGGGAGAGCCUCCAGGCGCCACCCCGCCCCGACCGCGAGGCUCGGACUCCUUGCCGCAGCCCGAGAUGUUGCGGAAUUCCUCCGUUCGAGGCUCUAAGAUCGAGGCUUCAUUAUUUCAGAACCUCAGGGCUGUGCAGGUCAGCUUUGCACUUUGCAGGAAAGGGCAUGGAGUCCUGGAGGCGUGCGUGCAGAAGGGCUCAGGGAGACGACUCCGAGACUCCACCCGGGGCCUCCACGCACCGAAGUGCGCCAUGCCGCAGACCAAGGCAAAAUUUCUCGUUGACCUGACCGCAGUCCCUGCCGGCUGGCCCCUGGCGACCGUCAUCGACGCGUUCGCCCGCUUGGCUGACUGUGGUCCGGACCGAGCUCUUCAGGCGGUGAGCCGCCGGCUGGUGGAGCUGUGGGCCUCGCAGCCGGCGGAGGCCGAGGCCUGGCUCAGCCGGUGCCGGGGGCGCUUUGCGAAGGAGCUCGCGGGCAAGGCGACGAGGCAGGAGGAGCUCGGCGAGGCGCUGCUCCGGCACGGGGCGGCCGAGUACGGCGAGUACCCUGGGUGGUGCGGCUGGCGCUUCUCCGAGGCGGGGUUCCAGCGAGAAGAGCCGUGCGGCUCAGCAGCGGAGCGGGGGCGCUGGGCGGUUGUGUACCUGCAAUUUUCCCGCACCCGCACCCGCUGCCGGGAACUCGCGGAGCGGCUCGCGGCGGCCGAGAGCCAGGAGACGGCGCGGAAGCGGCAGAAGCUCGAGGAGGAGACCGAGCGCCGGCGCCUCGAAGCGGAGCUCCAGAAAGCGCAGGAGGAGGAGUGUCGAGAGCUCCGCAAUCGCCUGGCCGCGGCGGAAGCAGAGGUGUCCGGCAAGACCGCGGAGCUCCAAGCUGCGCAGAGCGAGAGCGCCAAGUGCAAGGAGCAGUGCGAAGAGCUCGCGACUCGUGCUGCAGCUGCGGAGUCUGCCGUGGCGAAGAUGCGACAGGAGCUUCUUGAAGUGCAGGCUUCCCAAGGGGAGAGCGGGCAGCCGGUCGCGAAGGCCGUGCUUCGGGACCGGUGCGAGCAGCUCCAACAGCAGCUUGCCAAAGCACAGGGACAGAUGCAGGUCUGUUGGGAGGAGAAGGGCAUGCAGAAGCAGCGCAUCCGUGAACUGGAGCACCAGCUUUUUGAGGCGACGCAGCGGAAUUCCUUUCUGCCCUCAGGUGCCACCGUGGCCCGGCAGCUAGGGGACGGUUCCGACUCUUCCGUCUUGAGCAACGCCUCUUGGUUUACGGUGAGCCGGGGCACCGUGAAGCCGCACUGCUUCAUGACGGAUGCCGUCUUCAAGAGGCGGAGCUACGGCGCCGACUCUUUCUUGAUGGGCAGGGACCUUCAGAAAGGGUCGCAGGUGGUGGCCGGAGACGAUGUAACGAUCCUCGAGGUGGCCAAGACGCCGGAGAUCUGCGAAGCCAGCGAGGUCGUCGAGUUGCGGGCAGGGGAUGCUGUGCUGCAGGUGACCUCGGACCACCUGGUCAAAACCGGCGAGCCCGACGAGAGCGUCUACCGUGCGGCUGGCCAGUUGCAGGUGGGCGACCAUGUGAUGCUCGACUCGGGCGAGGCGGCAGCCUUAACGAGUGUCGCCACCCGGCGCAUGGACCGCCAGGUGCUGAAGAUCCAAUUCGAGCCGGACCUCCCUGUGGCCGUCUUCUCCCGCCCGACCUGCAUCCUAAGCUUGGGCCACAAGAGGAAGCCGCCAAUUCGUCGCGGCGGAAGGGGCGCGAAGGUGCCUAGGUCGGCAGAUGACGGCUUGGACAGAGCCUCCAUCCCAGACACAAUCAACGACUACAUGGACUAG